AACCAUACGCGUCGAAUCGAACGAACGAACGGAUUUAUUUUACGAAUAUCUGUAAUCUAAAUUUAGCACGAGAAAAUAAACAAAACCACCGAGAAAUGGUUCAGGAAAUCUCAGAAAGACUUAUCCUUCAUUGGAACUAUCGUGGAUUUUCCUCAUUUCCAGACGAAUUGUGCGUCUGUGGUAGUCAUGUGUGUGAGCUGUAUCUGAAAUACAACAACAUUACACGCCUGCCAGAUUGGAUUGAUACCAUGACAAAUUUGACAAACAUCUACCUUCAAGCCAAUUACCUGACAGAGUUGCCUGAAGCGAUUCAGUUUCUAACCAGUUUAAAGACGCUGGAUGUCAGCCAGAAUCAUCUGUCCCAAAUUCCAGCAUCGAUAGGGAAACUUGUGGAACUAAGGAGCAUCAUACUGACUCAAAACAAACUAAGUUAUCUGCCCAACUCACUGGGAAAUCUUCCACACCUCACAACACUACUUUUGAGUAGCAACAGAUUAGCUCAGCUGCCAGAUUCAUUGCACCAGUGCCUCCAUUUGGAGACCCUCCAGCUUGACUUCAACAACUUUACUAGUUUACCAAGUUUCCUGACACGCCUUCCACGGCUCCAGCGAUUAUCAGUCUGCUCUAAUCAGCUUACACAACUGCCUCACCUACCCUUCGCCAGCUUGGAGCGUUUCCUCUGCGAUAACAAUCCCAACCUAACUUACCUACCUUACCCGCUGGCUUGCCAGAUGAAUCGACCGCCAGCCCUGCCGCUGGCCACCCGUAACGUUCUUCACAUUUCUUGCCAUGGAUGUUUCAAGCCAUCCGGAAAGCGAAGAGACCAAGUGCUGGCGCCCAAUGUUCUCGUCAAAGAUUCACCAGAAGGAAUAGCUCUCCGUUUCCUGCCGGAUAUUAUCGACAUUCAUGGCUCCAAUGCGCCGCCCAGUUUGCUUGAGCUCACUUUGCGGUCCAUUUGUUUGCGGAUCUUUAACGAACCGCUCGACACGAGUUUCGACCGGAAGAACCACCUCCACCACUUCCAGUCCAACUAUCACCUCGCCUACGACCGGCGGAUCGGCGAAUUUUGUCUACCGUCGACUCUAAUUCAACUUUUGCGGGACGGCCCAGUCGCCAUCUGCUUGGCAUGUGGGGCGUUCAUCUUCCGCGGGCCGGCACAUCCGGUCUUUCUGUCCAAAUUCAUCGUUGAAAACGAACGUGCCGUCCAGGACCUCCAGUCGGUGGUCUGCUCUUUACUAUUCUGCUCGGCUUCCUGUUUCCGGACGGCCGCCACAACUGCUGGCGCCGUGGCAGCUGCCGGACUUGAAGACCGACUCGAUUGGGAAUGCAUCACACAUCUCGCGACAAGUACCAAUUAGUUGGUGGACGACAGCAUUGGACAAAUUAUUCAUUGUACAGCGAACAGCUGAUUGCAGGAAGGAACGCGAAAGGCAGCUGAAACUACAAGUAGGCGAAGUAGCCUACAAUCAAUUCUUUCAUUAUAAAUCGUCGUUCUGCUGAAUGCUUCUAUUAAUACAGUUAGGAGAAUGAUCUGAAAUUGCUAAUUAAAGAAUUUGUGUGUUGGGAAAGCUGCUUGAGUAAUCUAGUGUCCAUCCCCACUUGAUUCAUUUCGUGCCAGGCUGCCAGCUAGUGAAUGGCGUGAAGAAUUCGAAUGAAAAGUUUAGCUGCUGCGUGCUGUCAGCAAGCAAGCAAUCCAAUUGAUGUCCACCAGGUGGCGCAAGUGUCUUCAAGGCCCAAAUUCGGCCAUAUUGAUCUAUAACGCAGCAGAAGUCGGUCGUGACGUUUCGCAUGAUGAAAAUGUAAAGGUUCAAUACCAAUUUUUCAAAUCAUCUAACUCGGAUUUGAGUGCCUGUUCAUUUAGCCGAAAUGUCGUACCUCGUGUGUCUUGCUGCCUGUACCCGUACGUCUCGUCCCAUGCAAAAGCAAACGUCCGCUGUUGGUUACUUUGUUGCAGCCUGAUGGUGUAAGAUGUGAUGAAGACUAAUUGAACUGUUGUAUGCAGCGUUUUUAUAUAUUACACAGCGUUAUAUUAUAUUAUUUACUUGUGCAAUGUGCAGUAUACGAUUGUGGCAUUCUGACUCCAUGUCAGAUUUGACAUAGUCGACAACU